CGCUAGGACCUGCCGGCGCGCCGGGGACGUCACGGAGCGGCGCCCGGGCUGCGGGUUGAGCGGGAGGCGCGAGUGGUGCGGGUCGGACCCGGAGCCGGGCACCAGGAUCCGGCUGGUGGCGGGAAGGAUGACCACGCUGACGCGACAGGACCUCAACUUCGGUCAAGUGGUGGCCGACGUGCUCUGCGAGUUCCUGGAGGUGGCCGUGCACCUCAUCCUCUACGUGCGGGAGGUCUACCCGGUGGGCAUCUUCCAGAAGCGGAAGAAGUACAACGUGCCGGUCCAGAUGUCCUGCCACCCGGAGCUGAACCAGUAUAUCCAGGACACGCUGCACUGCGUCAAGCCACUCCUGGAGAAGAACGACGUGGAGAAGGUGGUGGUGGUGAUUCUGGACAAAGAGCACCGCCCGGUGGAGAAGUUCGUCUUCGAGAUCACCCAGCCGCCCCUGCUGUCCAUCAACGCAGACUCCCUGCUGUCGCACGUGGAGCAGCUGCUCCGCGCCUUCAUCCUGAAGAUCAGCGUGUGUGACGCCGUCCUGGACCACAACCCCCCAGGGUGCACGUUCACGGUCUUGGUGCACACGCGAGAAGCAGCUGCCCGGAACAUGGAGAAGAUCCAGGUCAUCAAGGACUUCCCCUGGAUCCUGGCCGACGAGCAGGACGUCCACAUGCACGACCCCCGGCUGAUCCCCCUGAAAACCAUGACGUCAGACAUCCUGAAGAUGCAGCUCUACGUAGAAGAACGCGCUCACAAGAGCAGCUGAGGGUGCUGCUCCCCGCUGACACCGCGUCUCUCGGACUCUGGGGGCCCCUGCCUGGCGCAGGGCCGCGGGGCCCCGAUUCCAAGUGCUCUUACUGCCUCUGCGUCAGGCCCUGGACGCCAGCGCAGGGCUGCUCAGGCCGGGGCCCUGCACGGAGGAAUUCCUCCAGGAAGGCUGUGAAGGGUGCCGGGGCCCUGCUUUCUUGGCCCCCUGGGGUCUGGCCGGCCCACGCUGUCUCCAACACUGUGCUGUGAGUUG